GGUGGCAUUAUUUCACGGAUAUAUGCAACGAUCUGGUCACAGGACAAUUCUUACAAUAUCAAAACCAUUCGUGCUUGGGAAGAGGAAUUGGGCCUGGGGCUUGAGGAUGAUUACUGGGGCAGAGCGUUAGAUAAUAUACGUACCGCCACGUCUUGUGCUAGACUUAGUUUCAUACAAUUUAGUGGUCCAUAGAGCUCACCUAUCUAGGAGUAAACUGUCUAAAAUAUAUCCCAAUGUUCCUGACAUGUGUGAAAAAUACAAACUUUCUCCCUGUAAACUGAGUCAUAUGUUUGCACUCUGUCCCAGACUGCAGAACUUUUGGAACUCUUUCUUCGAAACUAUGUCCGACGUACUUAAAAUCAAAUUGGAUUUCUGCCCUUUAAUUGCCAUCUUUGGUGUUCCAUCUCAGUGUCAGCCUCUGAACCAUAAACAAGCUAGUGUUGUGGCUUUUGCAUUGUUACUUGCUCGGCGCAGAAUAUUGCUGUCUUGGACCUCUCCACAACCCCCCUUUAUAUCGGUCUGGCUUAAAGAUUUAAUGUUCUUUUUAAAACUUGAAAAAAUCAAGUAUAACAUCAGAGGCAGGGGUGAAUCAUUUUUGGGAAAAUGGCAACAAUUUAUUACCUACUUCAAUGAUGUACACACCCUGGAGGUGGAUUGAGGAAAGGUAGACAGUAAAUACUAAUCAUCUUGCCUUUUUUUCUCUUUAUUUAUUUGUUUGUUUGUUUUUGUUUUUUGUUUCCCCCUUUCUUUUGGUUUUGGCUGUGAUUAUUUUGUUGGGGUUGUUGGAUGGGGUGUUAUAAUAUGUAAAAUGCGAUUUUCCAGUAAAAUUCUAUGAUAAUACAUGUAACCUGUAUAAAUCUGUCAAAACCUCAUGGCACCUAAACUACAGAUGCAGACCCAUGUAGUCACAAGCCUCAUGAUCAUUACAUGUAGCUAAGUUAAAUAGCGCUCUACUUUAUGGCCAACAUUCAACUAUUUUGUACUGUUAUAUUACUAUUUUGUACUGUUAUAUUGAUGUUUUGGACUGUAAAUACACUGUAAUGAGUUUUAAAAUCCACUUUUUUCCCGCGUUUAAUGGAGCGUCGAGUUUCAGUGUGUGACGUCACGCGAUGGGAUAGGCUGGUCACGUGGUAUGAGUUUCCUAACCGCCGGGCUCAUGAACAUAUAUUUUUUUUUUUUUUUUAGCGAAGGGCUAAAACCGUACGUAAAUUUUAGAACGGAAAGGUAGGAGAGUUUACGUUUCCUUUCUUAUUCCGGUUAACAUUUUGUAUUUAAACCAUACUUACAGUGAGUCUGUUGUCUAUAUUAAGGUACUCACCAAGAGAAAAAGGUUAACUUUUGGCCAACACGACUCAUUGCUACCUGGUAACUUGUUUAUUAUGGCGCGCGCUGCAUUAUAACUGUCUGCGCUUUUCUCUCUGAUAACGGGUAUGGAGCUAUUUCUCAGGAAAAUGUUGUUUUUUUUUUUGUAUUGGCAUAAAUUAUUUAUGCCUCUAUGUAGUCACUUUUGAAUGUUGUUUAUACGAGUUACAGUAUAGCCUGCAUUGCUGAAUACCAGGAGCAAACGGGCCGUUCACACUUACUUCAGCAGUAAAAUGUCUCUGUGUUAAUUAAUGGCCAGGUCAAACUGCAUUUCUGAUGUCCUCUAGUGGUGGUUCUCCUGGCCGCUUUGGGCGUGCCCGAAAUGCACCUCACUAUAACGAUGUGCCUCCAGGCUCAUUACAGAGGAGUAACGGCCUCUCUAGUUUGCGACAUCAGAGAUCAUCGGAUUUGGCUCUGAGCUUGGACCCUCUGCCUCCUCCUCCUCUCCCUGAUGAGCCUCCGAUUGGACCAGAAUUUGAUCUUAGUGACAGUGAAAAUUGCGAAAAUCCAUCAGUUGACCUCAAACCUGUCCACCGCUUCAUUCCUGACUCGUGGAAGAACUUCUUUCGUGGGAGCAACAAAAGCAGCAAUAGCUCAGUGCCUGUAUCCAGUAAUUUGAACACCACCACAAAGGGCAUUAGGUGCUCUCCUCCUCAAUCACCCUCAGUCUCAGAGUCAUAUCAAGAUAAGUUCAGGGGCUCUGGAGGCAGCUACCAUUCCCGCAUAGAGCAUGAAGCUAUGCUAGGAGAGCAUCCAGACUCGAUGGAUGGUCGCACAGCACACACCACUGCACACACCACUCUGACCUACAGUGAAAGAGUUGAGGAAUACCACCAGCGUUAUGCCUACAUGAAGUCCUGGCCAGGGCUGCUAAGAAUUCUUGGUUGCAUUGAGAUGCUUUUGGGGGCAGCCGUUUUUGCUUGUGUCUGUGCAUACAUUCACAAAGACAAUGAGUGGUAUAAUAUGUUUGGUUACUCACAGCCCCAAAUGUACGGUGGAUAUGGUGGUGUGUAUGGCAUGUAUGGGGACACUUAUUACACGGGGCCCAAGACACCUUUCAUCCUUGUUGUGGCGGGGCUGGCCUGGAUAGUGACCGUGAUCAUACUCGUGUUGGGCAUGACCAUGUACUACCGUGCUAUCCUUUUAGACUCAAACUGGUGGCCUCUUACAGAAUUUGUGAUCAACCUGGCCCUUGCUAUACUUUACAUGGCUGCUGGUAUUGUGUAUGUAAGGGACACAACACGAGGUGGACUGUGCUAUUACCCUGUUUUCAACAAUGGCAUGAACGCAGCUUUCUGUCGCCUUGAAGCUGGGCAAACAGCAGCUAUCAUUUUUCUCUUUGUGGGCAUGGUGGUGUACCUGAUAGGAGCUAUUGUGUGCCUGAAACUAUGGAGACACGAAGCAACACGCCGCUACAGAGAGAAGUACGGCCAUGAGAUGCAGCCAGAAUUACCUGUGGCUCAGUCUAUGGCUGGACUAAGGAUCCCUGAGCCUGUCCUCAUCUCCUCUGCUGCACCAGUUCACACAGAUGCUCCUGUACCUUCCAAGGCAAAAAUGGUUAAAGGACAUAUUCCAUCUGGACACAUUCCCAAACCUGUGAUUGUGCCAGACUACCUAUCUAAAUACCCAGCAAUUCGAACUGAUGAGGAACGGGACCAGUACAAAGCUGUCUUUAAUGACCAGUACUCUGAGUAUAAAGAGCUGCAUGCAGAAGUUCAUGCAACACUGAAAAAGUUUGAUGAGAUGGAUAGUAUGAUGCGCAACCUGCCUCGAAACCUGUCCAGUCAGGAGGAAUCUGACCGCAUAAACCGAAUCCUUCAGGUAUAUCAGCAAAAGAAAAAUGAUACUUCAUUUCUUGAGAAAAAGGAAAGAUGUGAAUACCUCAAAAACAAACUCUCUCACAUCAAGCAUCGCAUUCAAGAAUACGAUAAGGUCAUGGCAUGGAAUGAUGGCUAUGGAUCAAUGUCUUCUCAGCCGAAUGGGAGUCCACCUCCCUAUGAGUCUGAACCUGAAUAUGAUAUAGUGCCACAAGCUGCAUACUCCUAUUAUGCAGAUGAUGAGAUCCAACACUUCUAUCGCUGGAACUCACCGCCAGGUAUCAUCAAAAUCAUGGCGGUCAUCUGCAUCAUCCUGUGCGUUGGUGUAUUUGUAUGUGUGGCAUCCACGUUAGCCUGGGACACCUCUGGAAGUGCGACUGGCUUUUCGGGCGGCUACGGUGGAGGCUACAGUGGAAGCUACAGUGGAGGCUAUGGUGGAGGCUACGGCGGAGGCAGUGGCACUUCCUUCGGUGGAGGUUUUGGUGGUGGAUCCUUUGCCUACGGCAUUCUGGGCUCACAGAAUGACCCAAGACAAGCAAAGGCAUUUAUGAUUACAAUGGCUGUCAUUACCUUCAUAACUCUGAUGGUCAUCUUUAUAAUUAUACUCUCCUAUCAGCACUGGUCACAGAGCAGGAAGUUCUACUUGAUCGUCAUAAUCAUUACAGCCAUCUUGGGUUUGUUUAUGCUUGUGGCCACAAUAGUUUACUUGGUUGCGGUAAACCCAAUGGCACAAACCUCAGGCUCUGUGCAGUAUUACCAGGUACAGUCCCUGUGUGCCCAGUACCAAGGUCCUCAGCCUUCAGAUCUCAUGAUCAACCAGUACCUGUAUCACUACUGUGUGGUGGAUCCACAGGAGGCAGUGGCCAUUGUUUUUGGUUUCCUGAUCAUCGCUUGUCUUAUAAUCAUCUUGGUUUUUGCCGUCAAGACCCGGAAGCAAAUUAACGCUUAUGGGAAAGGGAAUAUCCUGUGGCGCAGAGAAAAACCUGUCGAAGAUCCUAACGCUCCUCCAGAUAUAGAAGAUUGGGUAAAUAAUGUUUCUGGUGAUCCAGAGCUUGUAAAUAGCGAGUUUCCUGAGAAGUUUGGAGGUUCGAGGGAACACCUGGAUGACAACAGUACAAACUAUGACAAGCCUCCUGACAGCUUUUUGGGUGUGGAGCACCAUCUUCCAGUACGGAGUUCAGUUCCCUACUACAGCAGUUCAGACAUGGGCAGCUCAGCAAGCAAACCUAAGAAAAAACGUGCAGGACGGCUUCGCCGCACUGACGGUAAUGACUACGACACGGACUAUGCAUCAUCUGGAGACGAACUUGACGACGAAGACUUCUCCAGUGAAUUCCCCCCCAUUGCUGAUGAUCAUGAAAGGGAGAAUUAUAAGAGUGAGUUUGACCGAGAUCACCAAGUGUACAAGAGUCUGCAGGCUGAGCUGGAUGAAAUUAACAAGCGGCUAGCUGAGGUUGACCGUGAGCUUGACGAGCUUCAGGAGGGGACUCCGCAGUACCUGGAUGCCCUGGACGAGUACCAUGCAUUGAAGGACAAAAAGCGGAGCAAUGACUACCGGAUGAAGAAGAAGAGAUGCAAGGACCUGAAGGCGAAGUUGAGCCACAUCAAGAGAAUGGUCAGUGAUUAUGACAGUACAAGAUAAAAGCUUUUAGAGACUCUGAAAAGCCAGACUACUGCACUUCCUACUGUAUCCAUCUGAUAUCUGCCAUCCAAACAUGAAGUAUGGGAGACAUUUUUUUUUUAAAUGAAUAGCACAACAUUCAAGAGGAUUUGUCCAUUUUUACAUAAGCUUUUUAUUAUUUUUUAAAACCUGAAUUCUGUGAUAAACUCAGCUUUAUAAGUGGUUAAAGUAGCUGUGUAUGAAGGUGAAGAAUUUUAAAGAACCAUGUAUCAGCUUUUUUUUUUUUUUUUUUUUAAACCUGUUGGCAUAAGCUGUACCAAUCUGUUUUGUUAACUUAUUUAUACAUAAUUAUCCUUCUGUUUGUUUUUGGGUGAAAAUGGCAACUUUUUUCUUUUCUUGGUCAUUUGGGACUCAGGUGUGCAUAUUGUGCUUUGUGUUUCAUGGGUCUGUAAGUAUUUGUAAUUUCAUAACAUUUUGCUUUUUAGACUUGUUUGUGUUUGUAAAUAUACAAAUAUCUCAGUUUUCGGAUUUUACUUAUUUUUAUUAGCUAAAUAAACGUGUGUCUAUUCUGUAAACACACAGUAUUUUAUAGAAUUUUUUUUCAAUGCAAAAGGUAAUAGAAAAAUAUUUUUUUUUAAAUCAGUAGCAUUUUUUCCAUGUUAAGCUGCAUUACUGGAAGAUUUAUCCCACAUUUAGUUGUCUCUGUUGUUUUCAGCUCUCUUUGAGCGUUUUCCUUUUAUGGCAGAGGUUCUUAAACUUUGAGCUCCUUUUUAAAAAUAAAAUAAAUUCCAAAGA